GGAACGUGCAUCCAAGUUUGAGAAAAUCAGUGACGAUGGUUUCAUCUCCGCGCAAAGGUCAACUCUUUUGGUCUUCUCUACGUUUUCCUCAACGUGUAAACAUGUCACUAAUUGACAAAUUCAGAUUAAAAAACAAAAAAGGUAGAGUAAAAUUGGAGAGAGAGAGAGAUACGACUUUGGAGUUUCUAAACCGUUUUAUAAAGAUGAAGCACAAAGAGAUAUUAGAUGUUCAUAAUUAGUAAAAGUGGGUUUCUUGACCCAUAAGCAAUGUUGUUCCCACCUCUUCGUUCGUUCUUCUUCCUCUUUCUUUUGUUCUCCGUCCUUUGUUUAUCACAGAUCAAAGCAGACCAAGACGAUGAAAGCGGCUUGGGCAGUCAUAUCAAAGUAGACAAGCGACUCAAGUUCGAGAACCCGAGCCUACGUCAAGCCUACAUUGCUCUUCAGUCAUGGAAAAAAGCAAUCUUCUCUGAUCCUUUCAACUUCACAGCUAACUGGAAUGGCUCGGACGUUUGCUCCUACAAUGGAAUCUACUGUGCUCCUUCUCCUUCAUACCCUAAAACCAGAGUCGUUGCAGGCAUUGACCUCAACCACGCAGACAUGGCUGGUUACUUGGCUUCCGAGCUUGGUCUCCUUUCUGAUCUCGCUCUAUUCCAUCUUAACUCAAACCGUUUUUGCGGUGAAGUACCUCUCACGUUUGAUCGCAUGAAGCUUCUCCACGAGCUUGAUCUUAGCAACAACCGAUUCGUCGGUAAGUUCCCUAAGGUUGUCCUCUCUUUGCCUUCCCUUAAGUUCUUGGAUCUCCGCUACAACGAGUUCGAAGGCAAGAUCCCGUCAAAGCUCUUCGACAGAGAGCUCGACGCUAUAUUCUUGAACCAUAACCGGUUUCGGUUUGGAAUUCCCACGAACAUGGGGAAUUCCCCUGUUUCCGCUUUGGUUCUUGCGGACAACAAUCUCGGAGGGUGCAUACCGGGAAGUAUUGGUCAAAUGGGGAAGACACUCAACGAGCUUAUCCUCUCCAACGACAACUUAACCGGUUGUUUACCUCCUCAAAUCGGAAACCUCAAGAAAGUGACAGUUUUCGACAUCAGUUCAAACAGUCUACAAGGUCCGUUACCAUCUAGCAUCGGAAACAUGAAGAGCUUAGAAGAGCUUCACGUGGCUAACAAUGGCUUCGCAGGAAUCAUUCCUCCAAGUAUCUGCCAGCUUUCUAACCUUGAGAACUUUACUUACUCUUCCAACUUCUUCACCGGUCGUCCCCCUGUAUGCGCAGCUGGUUCGUUAGUAGACGCUGUUGUGAACGGCUCCAUGAACUGUAUCAUAGGUUUGGCUAGUCAAAGAUCGGCUAAGCAGUGCUCAUCUCUUCUUGCUCGUCCUGUUGAUUGCAGUAAGUUUGGAUGCUUCAACAUCUUCUCUCCACCACCACCCACGUUCAAGAUGGCACCCCAGUUCCGGACACUUCCUCCACCGGUUUACGUGUACUCAUCGCCCCCACCACCGUCAUCCAAAAUGUCGCCUACUUUCAGAGCAUACUCUCCCCCACCACCACCGUCGUCCAAGAUGUCGCCAACCGUCAGAGCAUACUCUCCACCACCGCCUCCUUAUUCCAAAAUGUCCCCAACCGUUCGAGCUUACUCUCCGCCACCGCCUUACGUAUACUCAUCUCCUCCACCGCCUUACGUAUACUCACCUCCUCCACCGCCUUACGUAUACUCAUCUCCGCCUCCACCGUACGUAUACUCAUCACCGCCACCGCCUUACGUAUACUCAUCUCCACCCCCGCCUCCACCAAGUCCACCCCCACCGUGUCCUGAAUCGUCUCCGCCACCGCCUGUUGUAUACUACGCACCCGUGACACAAAGCCCGCCACCACCAUCACCGGUAUACUACGCACCCGUGACACAAAGCCCGCCACCACCAUCGCCUGUAUACUACCCACCGGUAACACAAAGCCCGCAACCACCGUCGCCUGUAUACUACCCACCAGUAACACAAAGCCCGCCACCGCCAUCGCCUGUAUACUACCCACCAGUAACACCAAGCCCGCCUCCACCAUCGCCUGUAUACUAUCCGUCAGAAACACCAAGUCCUCCACCCCCAUCACCAGUAUACUAUCCAUCGGAAACACUAAGUCCUCCACCACCAACUGAGUACUACUAUUCACCAAGCCAGUCUCCGCCACCAGCAAAGGGAUGUAACGAAGGGCAUCCACCACAAGCAUCACCGAGUACUUACGAACCAACUCCUGACUAUUCAUACACAUCAUCACCACCACCGACUCCUAUUUCCUACCCCGAGACGUCUCUUCCACCGAUUCCAAGUGUCUCGUAUGAUGCGUCUCCUCCUUCUCCUCCGUCUUACUACUAGUUUUGCAUUGCCUUAUGAUUAACGACUACUCACAAUUACAUUCUUUUGGCUGCGAGACUUUAAUUUGUGUGUUUUGUUGAUUUUAAAGAGAAAAAAAAAGACAUUUCAGUUA